UUAUUCUUUCUAUAGGUUUUUUAAUUAUUAGUCCUAAUUUAAUUAGAAUUUUAUUAGGUUGAGAUGGUUUAGGUUUAGUUUCUUAUUGUUUAGUUAUUUAUUAUCAAAAUGUAAAAUCUUAUAGUGCUGGUAUAUUAACUGCACUUUCUAAUCGUAUUGGUGAUGUUGCUAUUUUAAUUUCUAUUGCAUGAAUGUUAAAUUUUGGUGGUUGAAAUUAUAUUUAUUAUUAUGAUUUUAUGUCUAAUUCUUUUGAAAUAAAGCUCAUUACUAUAUUAAUUGUUUUAGCAGCUAUAACUAAGAGAGCUCAGAUUCCUUUCUCUUCAUGACUUCCUGCUGCUAUAGCAGCUCCUACUCCUGUUUCUGCUUUAGUUCAUUCUUCUACUCUUGUUACUGCUGGUGUUUAUUUAUUAAUUCGUUUUAGACCAAUAUUGGAUACUUAUAAUUGUGGUUGAUUUUUACUUUUAAUUGGUUGUAUAACUAUAUUUAUGGCUGGAUUGGGCGCUAAUUUUGAGUUUGAUUUAAAGAAGAUUAUUGCUCUUUCUACUUUAAGACAACUUGGUUUAAUAAUAAGAAUUUUGGCUAUCGGUUAUCCAAAGCUUGCAUUUUUUCAUUUAUUGGCUCAUGCUUUAUUUAAGGCAUUAUUAUUUAUAUGUGCAGGUUCAAUAAUUCAUAAUUUGAAGGAUUCUCAGGAUAUUCGUUUUAUAGGAUCAAUUGUUAAUUUCAUACCUUUAACUUCAGUUUGUUUUAAUGUUUCUAGUUUAUCUUUGUGUGGAAUACCUUUUUUAGCGGGAUUUUAUUCAAAGGAUUUAAUUCUUGAGAUGGUUUGUUUAAGAUGAAUUAAUUGUUUAAUUUUUUUUCUUUAUUUUUUUCU